ACGGAAACAUCAAACAAUCGUCAUUUCCAUACCUGAAGCAUUUGAGCAUGUUUUGGAGAGUGAAAUCGCAAAGAAUAUAUGCAAUAACAGACAGUUUUUGAAACAAAACUAACUCUUUAGGAAUUAGAAAAUGGAAUUCGAGGUGAAUACCACAGCUUCUCAAGAUUUUGAAUCCCUCCAUAAAAGCACAGCCCUCAGCUUGGAGAACAAACACACAAACAAUCAGGCUUUGCAGAAAAGGUUGAAGGAUUUGAUGGGCUGGGACACUAAGGACACCAGCAGUGUCCCGGAAACAAGAAAUAAUUAUGAGAUAGAUUACCAGGACCAAGCCACCAAUCCUGAAGAUUGUAAAUCCAAGGGAAUCCAGAUAAAGUUGCGUGCGUGGCAAGAUAUGGAGAACGCCAAUAAACUCCUCCUACAAGAGAAGGAGGCCUGGGAGGCAGAGAGGAAGAAAUUGGAUUGGGAGAUUAUCAUCCUCACAAAAGAAAAGUAUGAAGCUGAGGAGAAGCAGAAACAGGCCCUGCGAGACAGAGAAGAUCUACAGAAAGAGAAGGACACGAUCACCAAGGAGGCCAAGAUGAACUGUAGGACUUGGGAGGAGGAGAUCGCGAUCCUGACAAAACAGAAGUGUCAGGUGGAGGACAAGGAAAAAGAGGCCAUAAAAAUCAACAAGGCUCUUCAAAGAGAAGUUCAGGAGUAUCAGACACUGCUCCAAAAGGAAAAACAGUUCAGUGAGGCAAGAGUCAGGGCUCACACAAGGGAGGAUGCACUGAGAGCUGCACUGGAGGAGGCGGAAGAAGUUCACAGCUUCGAUGAGCUGCUUAUAGAGAAGCUUCAAGAGGAGGUAAAUGUUCUUCGUGAAAGGAUUAGGGUGUUUGGAAAGUGGCAGCAGAGUGAGGACGGCUUAAGUUUUAGGGAGGUGCAGGACAUGGGGAGUGAACCCGAUAGGCUUUCGUUGCGGCGAAAGUUUGUCAGGCUCUUCAUCCCGGGAUGGAGGAGGCGUUACAGGAGCAGUGAUACAGUGGAGUAUGUGGAGCCAGGGGAGCAACCCAGAGAGGAGACGCAGAGGAGGCCGACGUUAUGGGAGAGGUUUCUCAAGGUCUGCAACCGAACAACAACAAUGUAAAAUUUUGGUCUGUUUCUUUCAGUGUCUGACAGCAAGCUUCAGCAUAAUCAACUAACUCCUGUGUUACCAAGGCAUCCACGCAAAAAUGGUUUCAAAUAAUUUAAUGGAAUAAAUGAAUACUUUUAACAUUACAUAAAAGCAUCAGGACAUUCA